UACAUUUCUCAAGUCUCAACCCAGCGUCCCAGCCCUUCUGCCGGCCCCUUCUGCUGCAGUGCUGCCUCCCUUAAAAAAAACCCUAGAAUCACUCCCAGCCGCUCGGAUGAUGCAGUGGCCGACGGGCGACGGGGAUCUAGAACGUCUCUCUCACUCUCGUCUUCAACUGAAUCGAGAUUCGAGCCAUCGGCAUCGGUUAAACCAGUCCCGCACUCCCGCUCAGGCGCUCAUUUUUUCCUCUUUUUUCUUUGAUUUAUUCAUUUUCGGCGAAUUUGGGUUAUUGGGUAAUUUGGGUUUGUUCACUUUGUUGGAAUCUUAGGCUGUAAAUCUAUAAUCUUGUUGAAUGAAUGGUGUGGUGAAUCUGUAAUCUUUGUUCACUUUGUUGGAAUUUUAGGCAGAAAAUAUGUAAUCCUACCGAUUUUUCCGACCGCCCUUCACCGAUUUUUUCGAUUCUUUCGAAUUAUCCGAAAAUGUCGAAAAAUUUCUUUCUCGGAAUAAAGUCGGGUAAUUCCCCGACUUUACCCGACUAUUUCGGUCGGAAGUCGGUGAAGGGGUUUCCGACACCGACUUACCCGAUACCCACCCCUAUGUUGGGGUCAGCUACGAGAUGAUGCGUGAUAAUGUGAGCAGCCGAGACGUAACUCUCAGAGUCUCGUACAAUAAUUCCCGCACCUACUUAAUUGCCCCUUCAUUAUAUCGGCUUGCUGCAUCCCAGUUUACUUUGACUAUUCCACGGGCCGUUGCCUUACUUGCCUGCCAAGCUGCUAUCUGUUGGUUCUGUUGUUAGACAUUAUUUUGGAUUCUCCACGAAUACUCCACGUGGCUUUACAUGAUUUGAUCACAUGGAAUAUCGAAAGAAACAAAAUAAAUCUCAGGGAAAUUAAGAUCAUGAUUCCGUGUUGAAGUGAAGCGCACGUUCUUGUUGAAGUUGGAAGGAAGAGCAGUACUAGUCUUCGUUUAAUUUCUCUUUGCUUUGUUAUUUAAUUUCCUCCCUGCGAUCGGAGUUCGUAGGGAAAGAUGGAUUUCUUGAGCUGCAUAAUAUUUCUUUGCAUCACCUGGAUCUUCAUCCACACCUUCUAUAUGAUUCCAAGAAGCAAAGCGAAUCCCAGAAAGCUUCCACCUGGUCCAAAACCUUUUCCGGUCAUUGGAAACCUCUUAGAUCUCGGUGACAAACCCCACAAGUCCUUAACCAAGCUUGCCAAGGCUCAUGGCCCUAUAAUGUGCCUAAAACUAGGACGAGUAACCACAAUAAUCAUUUCUUCAGCAGACACCGCCAAACAAGUCCUCCAAACACACGACCAACUCCUGUGCAACCGAACCAUCCCUGAUGCUCUCCGAGCCCACAAACAAGACGUGUUCGGCUUGCCAUGGAUACCCGUUUCAACCCGGUGGAGAAACCUUCGCAAAAUAUGCAACGGCCAACUGUUUGCCAGCAAAACACUUGAUGCCAACCAAGGUAUCCGGCGCAAGAAAGUGCAAGAGCUCCUCGCCGAAACUCAUCAAAGCAGCGUAACCGGUGAGGCUGUAGAUAUUGGCAGGGUGGCUUUUAAGACUGCACUUAAUCUGUUAUCAAACACCAUUUUUUCGGUGGAUUUGGCCGACCCGAAUUCUGACACAGCUCGAGAGUUCAAGGAGAUCGUCUGGAAUGUCAUGGAAGAGGCAGGGAAGCCCAACUUGGCAGAUUAUUUUCCCGUGCUUAAGAAGAUCGACCCCCAGGGCGUAAGGCGGCGCAUGACAGUUCACUUUGGGAAGCUUAUAGAUCUCUUUGAUCGCAUGAUUAGCCAACGGUUAAAGCAGAGAAAAGUGUCGGGUUCUAUGACGUCGAACCGUGAUAUGUUAGAUACCCUUCUUAACAUCACCGAAGAAAACAGCGAGGAGAUGGACAAAUCUAAGAUAGAACAUUUGUUUGUGGACCUAUUUGUUGCGGGGACUGAUACAACCUCAGCCACACUGGAAUGGGCUAUGGCAGAGCUACUCCACAACCCAGAGGCACUGUCAAAAGCAAAAACAGAGCUGGAGCAAGUAAUUGGCAAAGACAAUCCAAUGGAGGAGUCGGAUAUUGCUCGGUUACCUUACUUACAAGCAGUAAUGAAAGAAACAUUCAGAUUACACCCGGUAGUUCCUUUCCUACUGCCCAGAAAAGCAGAAGCAGAUGUGGAAAUUAACGGCUAUAUUAUCCCAAAGGGUGCACAAGUGCUAGUAAAUGCAUGGGCUAUAGGCCGAGACCCGAGCUCAUGGGAGAAAGCAAAUUUAUUUAUGCCAGAGAGGUUCUUGGGGUCUGAAAUUGAUUUUAAAGGCCGGAACUUUGAGCUUAUACCGUUUGGUGGUGGAAGAAGAAUAUGUCCUGGUUUGCCAUUGGCAAUACGAAUGUUGCACUUGAUGUUAGGUUCGCUUAUCCACGCGUUUGAUUGGAAGCUUGAAGAAGGUGUUAAACGUGAGGAUAUGAACAUGGAAGAUAAGUUUGCCUUAACCUUGCAGAUUGCUCAUCCUCUAAGAGCUGUCCCUAUUCCACUCUAAAAUAGGUUGAAGAAUUUAAUUACUUGGUUGCCAUUCUACUUGAUGUCUUUGUACUACAUGCAAUAUAUAAUUUUGUUGGAAGCAAAUAAACAUAUAUAGCUUGUCACGUUGAUGAUAGCAUGGAACUUAUCAUUGGUAGAGAAUAUUUGAAUUACUCUUAAGUUAUGAAUUUAAUGAGAAUUGUAUUGUAUUUAAUAAAGUUUUUAUUACCUUAAA